AUGUUCCCUGGUAUUGCAGACCGCAUGCAAAAAGAUAUCAGUGCCUUGGCUCCAAGCACAAUGAAGGUCAAGAUUAUUGCACCAGCGGAGCGCAAGUACUCCGUGUGGAUUGGUGGAUCUAUUCUAGCAUCCUUAGCCACAUUCCAACAAAUGUGGAUUUCCAAACAAGAGUAUGACGAAUGUGGCCCGGCUAUCGUUCACCGAAACUACUCACAAGAUUGCUGGAAACCCUUCGACAGCCCACGACCGGUUUCGCCCUUCUUGUGGCUCAUCAGGUGGGCACAGUCCCCGAGUUUCCGUCAAUCUUAUGUUCUACUUGAACCCAAAUUGAACCGUUUUCUAGAAAUACAUUGA